GGGUAGCGGCACGUCGGGGCUCUGCCGUGGGGCCGGGCGGUGCUGCCGCCCCCGGCCCGGUUCCGGGAUGCACCCGAACGCCACGGCCACGACCGUGCCGGGGGGGACCCUGCACCCCCAGCCCAGCAGCUAUGCCAACGGCUCGAACCGCUCCGAUCUGCUCCCCAAAGGACCCGACGAGGAGGACCUGGACGUCAACACCGAUAUCUACUCCAAAGUGAUGGUCACCGUCAUCUACUUGGCUCUCUUCUUGGUGGGCACGGUGGGCAACUCCAUCACGGCGUACACGCUGGUGCGGAAGAAGUCCCUGCAGAACCUGCAGAGCACCGUGCACUACCACCUGGCCAGCCUCGCCUUCUCCGACCUCCUCAUCUUCCUUCUCUGUAUGCCCAUCGAGCUCUACAACUUCAUCUGGGUCCAUCACCCUUGGGCUUUCGGGGGCUCUGUCUGUAAGGGCUACUACUUCCUCCGGGACGCCUGCACCUACGCCACGGCUCUCAACAUCGCCAGCCUCAGCGUGGAGCGCUACAUGGCCAUCUGCCACCCCUUCAAAGCCAAAAGCAUCAUGUCCCGCAGCCGCACCAAGAAGUUCAUCAGCUGCAUUUGGAUCGCCUCCUUCCUCCUCGCCAUCCCCAUGAUCUUCACCAUGGGGGAAAUUUACGGCAAGGACCAGGAUCCCGACUCCCUCAUCUGCACCGCCAUCGUGGAUGCUUCCACGCUGAAGACCGUCAUCCAGGUCAACACUUUCAUCUCCUUCGUCUUCCCCAUGGUUGUCAUCUCUGUGCUCAACACCAUCAUUGCCAACCAGCUCCUGGUGAUGUUCAAGCAGGCAGCCCAGGACAACCAGGUCUGCACCAUUGGUGGGCAGCAGACGAUGCUCAGCAUGUCCAUGGAACCCAACCGUGUCCAAGCCCUGAAGCACGGAGUCAGGGUCCUACGUGCUGUGGUGAUUGCUUUUGUGGUCUGCUGGCUCCCUUAUCACAUCCGGAGGCUGAUGUUCUGCUAUGUCCCCUCCAGUCACUGGACAGAUUUCCUUUUCAACUUCUACCACUACUUCUACAUGCUGACAAACGUCCUCUUCUACGUCAGCUCAGCAAUCAACCCCAUCCUCUACAACCUGGUGUCUGCAAACUUCAGACAGAUCUUCCUCUCCACACUCACAAUCCUGUGCCUGCCAUGGAGGAAGAAGAAGAAACGUUUGGCUUUCACCAGGAAAUCCAACAGCAUCUCCAGCAACCACACGUUUUCCAGCCAGGUCACGAGGGAAACUACAUACUGAAGCCAAAGGAGGAAGGGGAAUGAAUUUCAUCGUGGAGUCAAAACUUGUGAGAGGCCUCAUGGUCUCCAAAUUCACAUCACACAAAUGUCUUUAGCCAAGUCAUUGUUGUGGGGGGAAAUAGGCUUCGUCCUGCUAGUAACCUUGAGGUUAUUUUCAAGCAUUGGCCUUGCCUCUUUGUGAGUGAUGUCUACACGUUUUGUAACUCCAGUCUGGUGUGAAUCCAGGCACGGUGUUAACUGGGAAGCCAAAAUGUGUUAAACUUCAGCAAAAUCCUACUGCAUCCCAUCCUUUUCUCCAUGCAGAGAUGCCACGUUCACAUCCCAGGGCUGAGAUCCCCUCUCGUGGUGGCACAGAGUCUGAUGAGGAGAAAGCAGUUCUGACCAGAAAGGGAAGGGUUUGGAGAAGGGACGUGCUCAUCUAUGGGAUGUUCAAGGAAUGAGGAGUGAAAACUCAGGGAGCCAGGUGGUUAUUUUAGAAAUGUAUCUAAAUGAUGAUUAAUGUGACCUAGGUGCUCAACAGAGCCACUCUGGCUCCUUAAAAUUAAAUAACAACAGAUGAUGCCUUACCUAGAGUGGGGUGGCUGUGGCCUGGGGGAAUGGGUCAUCUUUCACUUUAGGGCAUUUAUAGUGCCUGGCCCAGUGACCCCCCUCUCUCACUGCUAUUGCUACUGCAACACCAACAAAUAACAGAGUCUCUGGAAAAGUCAGCAAUGCAGAAAUUGUGCCCAGCUGGGGUGCUGAAAACAAACAGAAAGGGAAAAAUUUACUUUUGCCAUACAGCUAAAUCCUAUUUGUCCACCAGGGAGAACACUGAGCUGGCCUGCAGGAAGAGGUGAGAAAACCCAAGGCUCAUGAGAGCUCCAGGCUGCUGAGAUGAGAGCAACCUGUCCCAGUUCUGUGGGACCUUCAGAUUUUUCCCAUUCUUAUUCUGGUUUUACUUGUUUCCUCAGCAUUUUCAGAUGCUGGCAUCUCAUUUUGCUGGUGGGGACCUUGUGUCCCCUUUCACAUCACACUUUGUCAGGAGAGCAGGAAUUGCCUCUUUAUCACAGUGACCUACAAGUGUCACUUGGCUCAAUUUUCAGCAUUCUGGGCUUUGUCAAUCCCAUGUCACUUAUGAGCA